AUGGCGAGUGCGGCUCCCAGUGGUAGCGAGGCUCCAGGGGAGUUGACCUGCCCCAUCUGCCUGGACACCUUCUGCUGCCCCUGCACGCUCAGCUGCGGCCACUCGUUCUGCCUCAAGUGCGUGGAGGACGCCUGGGAUGUGGCAGAGUCCUUCUCCUGCCCACAGUGCCGAGUGACCUUCCCUCGGAGGCCCAAGCUGAACAAGAACGUGGCACUCACCAACCUCAUCGAGCAGCUGCGAGUGGCUGAGCCCAUGGCUGCAGAUUCUGCUGCUUCUGCUGUUUGCUGCGAUCAUUGCAGGAAGCCCGCAGUGAAGACCUGCCUCAAGUGUGAGACGUCGUUCUGUAUGACCCACGUCGCGCCCCACCAAAAGUUGGCAAAGUUUAGUGACCACGUCCUGGUGUCGCCUGGUGUGAAGCUGGAGAAUCGACGGUGCGCAGAGCACGGAGACGAAUACUGCUUCUACUGCGUUAACGACGGACGCCUCAUCUGCAGGGACUGCACCGUCACUGUGGAUCAUCGAGGCCACGAGCUCGUCACUCUGAAGGUGGAGCACGACAAACGAAAGAAACAAGUGGGAGAGGAGACGCGGGCGGUGGAGGAGAAGAGGAGGGAGGCGGAGGAGUCCGUGAGGCGGAUGGAGGCCGCUCGCAGGGACGUGCAGGGAUUCAUGACAGAUGAAAAGGUCUCAAUCUCGGGCAGAUUUGCCAGCGCGAGAGCAGCAUUGGAUGUGGAGGAGAAGGCGGCUUUAGAGCAAGCGGAGCAGAAAGGGCGCAAGCUGCUGUAUCAGAUCGAGAAGAAGAUCGCUCACUACCAGCGCGAGAUAAGCGAGCUCCAGGCAGCAGCCACUCGCCUGCAGGCCCUACCCCAGAGGAGGAACGCACUCACAUUCCUGCAGGGUCGCCCCAAUCACCCACACCGGUUUGAUCGCUGGUCACAAGCCCUGUGCUGUGAGAGCUUCUCGUCGGGCCACCACUACUGGGAGGUGGACGUGGGGGACGCGCAGCUGUGUCGGGUUGGAGUCGCAAUCGGGCUUCACCUGCACUGGGAGGGGGGGUUCCUGGAGUUUUACCGCGCCGACUCCAUGGAGGUGAUCCACGAGGUCCGGCAGAGAUCCUUGCAGCCUCUCUACCCUGGGAUGUGGGUGGGGUAUUGUAAUCAACCAUUGAAGAUCGUGGAUCUGAGUCGUGCAUCCUGA